UAUUGUUCUUUCUGCACCGAAAACUCUGUGUUCUCCAACUUCCAACUGUGUUCUCGACUAUUUCGUUUGUAAAAGUACGUGUUUUGCAUUGCUACGGCUACGAAAACUGUUCGUUUGCAACAAACCGAAGUAAUGCCGUCCGUUUAUCUGGGUGUGCAUUUGCCGUUCAAGCCGUAUCACAAGCUGAAGGUGGAUAAUGUCGAUCUGGGUGGUCGAACAGAAACGCUACGUUCGGAGGCGGCCAAACUAAUUAAGGACAAUGUUGCGGCGGAUGAUUUCGAAUUGGUGUACUGUGGCAGUCUUCUGAAAACCGGUGACAUACUGCAGAACAAAGGCAUCAGCGAUGGUUCAAUGAUACACGUCAUACAGAAACGUCGCGAACAGGACGUUCCUCCAAAUGAACAGAAGCAACAAGAGGAUCGAGAGCUUACCGAAGCAGAAGUACAGGCCGUUUUAUCGAUAUGGCGCACGGUAGAUUCUUCCAACUUCCAGAAGGUACGACAGCCCGAGUUCAUGAAGAACGUGCUCGAUGCUUACCCGGCGAUACGGCGCAAUCUGUUCGUGCUUACGCUGCUGAAAGACCCGAUACUGCUCUCCUCCAUGCAGCAACCGGAAACUAUACGCCGGGUCGCACCGAAACAUCCGGUGCUGCUCGAAGCAUCACGCACGAUCGUACAACUACUCAACUCCAAGAUGAUCUCCAAGGUGGCCAACUGUCAUUUGUCCGCACCGCUAGACAGUGCGCUCGACGAUCCACUGUCCGAUUCGUCCUCGAGCGACGAUAACACCGUUUCGCCAACUACUUCGGCUGCGCCACCCAACACAAUCCGCCGCAUUACGGCCGACAAUCUUGCGUCCGCACUGGCAUUUGCUGGUUCGCGUGGUUCGUAUAAUUCACUGUCGAACAUCUCGCAGCGCGAUGCGGACAGUCGUGCCAAUCAGUCGGACCUCGCAACCGAUGGGUCAACCAUUGCCGGGACCGACGCCAACCUACCUUCUACUUCAUCGGCCACUAGUAGCCAACCUACCACCUCAAACAAUGCUGCUAAUGGACGGAUCACAUCCAGCAUGCUACUGGAUGCAAUUUCGUUGAUGUUCGAACAGCAACGGGGUGAACAAGCUGCCGGGUCCGGGUCUACAGGUGGUAACACUGCCCUUGCCAACCAACAAGGAACGACACUGACCGGAUCUGCUCCAACGGUUGAACCGAUGGACACGAGUCCCGCCACUGUUAGCACCGUCCCAGAGCCAGAACCAAUGGGCAACGAUCUGGGAGCACAAACACUGUCUCAGCAUUCAACACUGGCGGCCAGCAUCGGACAGUACCGGCGGGAGCUGGAUACGAUGCGCGAGAUGGGCCUAACCGACACGGAAACGAAUUUGCAGGCACUGAUAGUGUGCAACGGGAAUGUUGAAUCGGCCAUCAAUCUCGUUUUCGGUGGCAUGAGCAAUUGAUCGGUGGCGGUAGGCUAUGUGAUUAUUGAUAGGUACGGUGUGUAUUUAAAACUGUAACUCAUACCGAGAGAUGCAAACACAAAACUCUAGCAGAAACCUGGUGGUGUGCUUUAUGCUUGCUGAAUGCUUGUAAAAUAAAGAAAAGCAACAAGAUUGAAAAAGAAUAUAAUGCUUCGGAAGCAAAUAUAAAACAUUAAUUUUCACACCAA